AUGCGUUGGGACAAGCUCGGCGCCAUAUUGAUGGCGACCGCCAGCUCGCUGGUGCAAGCCGCCUCUACUUUUACCCCCGCAAGGCCUCCAGCCAUUCCCUUGGCUGUCAAAUCGCCAUACCUCAAUGUGUGGCUGAAUGGCGAUUCCGGAGGCAAUCUUCCGGGGUCUUGGCCGAGGUUUUGGACGGCCCAAAUAAUAGGCUGGCAAGGUCUAAUCAAUGUUGACGGGAGCUCCUUCAACUGGAUGGGUGCAGGAGGAGGCACCCUGGUAUCUCAGACGUCGUUCCAGUACACCUCGACCAAGAGCAUCUUUACCUUUGAUGUCGGCGGCAAGAUAACCAUGACGGUGACGUUCAUGUCGCCCGUCUACCCAGAUGACCUCGUGAAGCAAUCUCUUCAGUUUUCCUAUAUAGACGUCAAGGUCAAGUCGGCCGACGGCAGCUCGCACAAGGUUCAGGUCUACAUGGACAUCAGUGGAGAACUCACGAGUGGUGACGCUUCAAAAUUGAUCAACUGGGACUUUGAGACUUCCAAUGGCGUGGCAUACCACAAGAUUGUCCAGGCACAGCCAGCGGUCUUCUCUGAAUCUCACGAGCAGGCCAACUGGGGUAACUGGUACUUUGCCACGGCCGACGGCGAUGGGUUCACCCACAAGAGCGGAAGUGAUGUCGAUGUCAGGGGUCAGUUUGCUCAGACUGGUAAACUCGACGACGGCCAGGAUGACAAGUUCCGAGCCGUCAACGACAACUGGCCCGUUUUCGGACUCUCAAAAGACCUAGGAGAUGUAUCAGGAACCGAAAAGGAGGUCUUGUUCACCCUCGGCGUAGCCCAAGACCAGGUUAUCAACUUUCAGGGCGCCACCGAUGGCCCUGCUGGUCUCAAGGGACUGUGGACUUCCGCCUACGGAAGCGAUGUCGACUCGCUUGUUGCUUUCCACAAGGACUGGAGCAAUGCCCUCUCGUAUGCCGAGCAUCUCGACGCUCAGAUCCACGACGACUCCAAGGCUGCAGCUGGCGAUGACUAUGCCACCAUCACGACUUUGAGCGUGCGUCAGACUUUUGGGGCUUUGCAGGUCGCCCAGGGAUCGAAGCAGAACUACAUCUUCCUCAAGGAGAUCAGCUCCAACAGCGAUAUCCAGACCGUGGAUGUGAUCUUCCCGGCCUUCCCCAUCCUGCUGUAUCUCAACGCGACAAUGGGCAAGCUGCUGCUGGACCCUCUUUAUGAGAACCAGGAGAGCGGCCACUAUCCGAACGCGUGGGCCAUCCACGACCUGGGCACCUUCCCCAACGCCAUCGGCUACCCGGGCGGCAACGAUGAGCCGAUGCCGCUCGAGGAGUGCGGCAACAUGGUCAUCAUGUCGCUCGCCUACGCCCAGCACACGGGCGACAACGGCUACCUGUCGGCGCACUGGCCCAAGCUCGAGCAGUGGGCCAACUUCCUCGUCAACGACUCGCUCAUCCCGGCCAACCAGCUGUCGACCGACGACUUUGCCGGCACGCUGGCGAACCAGACCAACCUCGCGCUCAAGGGCAUCAUCGGCCUCAAGGCCAUGGGCGAGAUCGCCAAGCUGACCGGCAACGAGGACAAGUUCGGCUCCAUCGCCGACGACUACCUGCGCCAGUGGAAGGACCUGGGCAUCAACAAGGCCGCGACCCCGCCGCACACGACGCUCUCGUACGGCGACGGCGCAAGCCACGGCCUGCUGUACAACCUCUACGCCGACCGGCUCCUGGGACUCAACUUCGUCGGCCAGGAGGUCUAUGACAUGCAGAGCGACUUCUACCUAACUGUCGCGCUGAAAUACGGCGCGGCGCUGGAUACGCGCCACGCGGGCUGGACCAAGGCCGACUGGGAGAUGUACUGCGCCGCCAUCGCCGGCCCGGAGACGCGCGCCAUGUUCAUCUCCAAGAUGGCGACGUGGAUCGGCGAGACGACGACCGGCAGGGCGCUGACGGACCUGUACGACGCGCAGACGGGCGGGUACCCGCAGGGCGGGCCGACCUUCGUGGCGAGGCCCGUCAUGGGCGGGACGUUUGCGCUGCUGGCGCUGCCCAAGUGA